ACUCCUUUACACAAGCAACUGAUAAAGUUAAAGAAAUUCAACACAACCCAAUUUUUUUGGUAAUUGAUCCUAAUGUCAAACAACAACGCAAAGACAAUAAAAAGGGCAGAUGUAUUAAAGUCAAUGAUAUUCCCUUAUUUAUUUUUAAUGAUAACACUUGGUCUAUCUUAUUAAUGGAAUUUUCAGUUAGAAUUGAACCUACCAACAUUAAUGAAAUUCAAACUGCUCUUCGCCAACAAUUUGAACUUAAACUCACUGGAUUUUCCUUUAACAUCACUCAAUUAGAUCUCUUUGAUUUCUUGAUUCAGAUCAAAGCAAAAUCAUGUUUUAUUCCAAGAGACUGA